AUGCCGCGACUGCUGGCGCUCGGCAUCUCCAUCGGCCUCAUCACAGGCUUCGUCCAGUCGCUUGGCUUGACGCUGCAACGCAAGGCACAGUCCCUGACAUAUAGUGUACAAGAGGGAAAUACAAAGACCAUGUGGCGGAUAGGCUUCACCAUCUUCAUCCUGGCAAAUCUGCUUGGUUCUACCGUACAAAUUGCCGCAUUGCCACUCACUAUCCUUGCGCCACUGCAUGCGUGUGGACUCGUGUAUAAUGCAGUCCUGGCGACGCUCAUGCUGGGCGAACCAUUCACUUGGCUCGCUUGGGUCGGUACAAUCCUGGUGGCUAUUGGCGCAACACUGAUUGGUAUCUUUGGCGCCAUCACGGAGCCUUCGCAUACACUGGAACAGCUCCUUCAUCUAUUUGAAGCUCCUCGCUUCUUGGGAUGGAUGUCAUUCCAGCUUGUUCUUGCUCUCGGCAUCGUAAUUUCCGUCUCCAUUGCAUCUCGUACCGCAGGUGGCAAGACACCACAGUCGAGGCUUGUGCAAGGAGCAGCACUGGGCUGUCUUGCUGGCAUCAUGGCAUCACACUGCCUCUUACUCGCAAAACUGACAGUGGAACUCCUCGUCAAGACAUUCGGGGAUGGCAUCAACCAAUUCAACCAUUGGCAGGCCUGGGCCAUCCUGGUUGGCUUGAUUGCUGGAGCACUCAGUCAGCUCUACUACCUCAAUCGCGGUCUACGCAUGUGUACCACCUCCAUCCUCUACCCACUCAACUUUUCCAUCUACAACAUCACAACGAUUCUCGAUGGUUUGAUUUACUACAAGCAAGCAGCAGAGUUGACAGCCUUGCAAAUUGGUCUCGUAAUACUCGGCGUCGUGUUACUCCUCCUCGGUGUCGCUGGUCUCUCUUGGCGCUUCCGCAGUGAGGAUGAGGAUGAUCCA